AUGGAUAUUUUAGGUAAAAUAACGAUAAGCGAACCUUUCCUAAUAAUGGAAUUAAACAGAUUUGUGCCUUUCCUGGAGGAUAAUUAUGUAAAAUUUCACCCUUUGAAUAUGCCAUAUAUUAGAAUAGGCAAAAUUGAUAUAUUGGGAUUUGUAGUUGGAGUUUCACAAGAUGCUAGAUUUUAUGAGUACCAGAUUGAUGAUGGGACAGGAACUAUUACUAUUUUUCAUGAAAAGAAGCAUUUUGAAAUACAGAAUCUGGAAAGAAAAAAGAUAGAUGACAAGUAUUAUAAGUAUGCAAAGAACAUAAAUUCAGGAGUUUUAAGGAAAGAAGAGUGUCCAAAAAAUUUCCCCAAUCCUCGUCCAAAAUUUAAUUAUCCUAUUGGUACUAGUGUUUGUGAUAUGGCUAUCUUUGAACAUAAAUGGUCAUUGGAAACUAAAAAUGGAUUGUUGGGUAAGAAGGUAAAACGCUGUGAUUAUGUGCAUGCAAUAGGGUACUGUUCACUUGAUUUUAUGUUGGGUAAAAGACCACGUGAAGAAAUUACUUUUGAAGACUUAUCUACUGCCAAGUUAAAUUUUCUUUCGACUAAAGUAAUUCGCAUAGACGAGCGAGAAUACAAUGCAAAGAUGUACUCGUGGUUGCAUACUAUUGUUAGGAAAAGAUACGACGAGCAUCCAGAUGAACCAGAACUUUGCCCAAAAAUGGAGACAUAA